AUUCGCGAUUUGUUUUUUUUUUUCAAUCUCGAUCACUGAAAUCCCAACAAUGGCGGCCACUCCCAAUCCGAUCCUCCUCCUCGCCGCCGUCACCGCCAUCGCCGCCGUCUCCUCCGCCCGCCAUCGCCGCCGUCUCCUCCGCCGCCUCCUCGGCUCACCCUGCCUAUGACUCCCCGGCGACCUCUUGCUCCACCUUCGCCGACGCCGAUCUCGUGCCGAUUCGCAGGGAGGAGUACGAUGGUGGGAGGAUUCUAGAUAUCAGCCAUGCUUACCGCGAGGAUAUGCCUGCCUUUGCUUCGGAUGAUGGCGUUGGCCAGUUCCUCUGGCUCCCCAAGUCAAUGAAGAAUGGAUCCAUCGCUAAUAACUCCGAGAUGAAGUUCGGUACCCAUACUGGCACCCAUGUCGAUGCUCCUGGCCAUGUUUUUCAGCAUUAUUUUGAGGCUGGAUUCGAUGUUGAUACUCUUGAUCUUGCCAUCCUUAAUGGUCCAGCAUUGCUAGUGGAUGUUCCAAGGGACAAAAACAUAACUGCUGAGGUGAUGGAAUCUCUUCAUAUCCCAAGAGGUGUACGUCGUGUGCUUUUCAGAACAUUAAACACUGACAGGAAACUCAUGUGGAAAAAGGAGUUUGAUUAUACCUAUGUGGGCUUCAUGAAGGAUGGUGCACAAUGGCUGGUAGAUAACACUGAUAUUAAACUUGUUGGGAUCGACUACUUAUCUGUUGCAGCAUACGAUGAUUUGAUCCCCUCUCAUCUAGUUCUUCUCAAAAACAGGGACAUAAUCCUUGUGGAAGGCUUAAAACUAGAAAAUGUCGAAGCAGGGAUCUACACUUUACACUGCUUACCUCUACGAUUGAUUGGAGCCGAGGGCUCGCCAAUCAGAUGCAUUCUCAUAAAAUAAAACCCUAGCUCAGUGUCGAGAAUUCGUCUCUCAGACGCAUUUUUAGUAAAUAAUAGUUUUAAUUCGUAGUUUCAAAGAACUCGUUCAGCAAAACUAUUUUAUGAUCUUUAUUGUAAUUUAAGUUUCUCAGUA